AUGGCUUCCUCUUCUUUCAGAGAUUCCAUGAAUUCCCUAGGGUGGUCACGUCGCGACCCGGACCUCCCCGUCAACACCGCUCAGCAGACCGGCGGCCUUCUAUCUUCAAUAAAGUCGUUAAAUCCAUUUGGAGACAGUGGCUAUGUCCGACUGCCCACCACAGAGGGGGCGGGAGCCCCUCUGCCUGGUCGGAAUCGACGUGAAGAAGAAGAAGGAUGGUUUGCCCGUAAGUCAACUUACCUACCGAACGUUUCCAUUUCCCCACACGUUGCACUGUCCCUGCAUCCGCUGGCAUCUGUGAGUAGGUGGGACCGUCUUUUAUUAUUUGCUGGGUUCAAUAUUGGUGCAUUGGCCUGCUUUGUUAUCUGUUUCGUAUUAUUCCCGUACUUGAUUGUUCUUCCAACCAAGUUCGCGAUUCUAUGGACUCUAGGUUCAAUGUUAUUCCUCGCAUCAUGGGCUGCAAUGAUGGGCCCGUGGACGUACAUUAGCCACCUGAUAUCAGCGCCACGCCUUCCAUUCACCACGACCUAUUUUGGAUCCAUCGGGUUGACCUUAUAUUUCAGUCUGGGGCUUCGAAGCAAGCCGUUGACCUUGAUCUCGGCCAUCAUUCAAAUAAUAUGCUUGACUUGGUAUCUGGUCAGCUACUUCCCAAUGGGUUCCAGCGGUCUUCGACUGGCAACCAAUUUCGGAGUCAAUAGAGCAGCUGCGUGGAUGUCAGGAUAA